GGACACAAUUGUAUUGGCAACAUUGGAAAUCGAACGCAAUAUCUGGGUUACAAUGCGUGAAUCUGGUGAUCGUACAAGUGUAUGGCUGUGCCAAACGAAGUCUAUUUCAACCCAAACUAUAGUUUGUGUAUCAUAUGAUGAGCCUUGUUUAUUCAAUAAGCAGUCAAUUUCCAAUAGGAAAGCGCAAGAAAUGUUUAACCAUCAUCUAUUCUAAAGCAAGAGGCAGUCAAUGUAUGAAUACGGCUGUAAGUCGAUUAGACGACCAUUAGGGGAUCUGCAUCGAAUUCAUUGCAGACUCACUGUCAGUAUUUCAAUACGGAUAGACUGGCUAAACAUGGCAGGGAAGAUGCAUUGCUCAUAAAUGCAUAGCAUAAAAUAUUCCUGUGUCGAGUCAGAGUGUCACGUUUGAACAUUGCUGUCUGGUUUUGGCAGACCAGUCCCAAGCAGGAUACCUUGAGGCACACUUGACCAUUGAAAUUUUGAUAAACACAAUACUACGGAUCUGGCUUAAUGUUAGGGAGUCUAGUACGAACUGGCCCUGUCAGUCGAUAUCUGAUUAAGGGUGACUUGAAGCUUUAUGGUCAUACCAUUUCUGCCUACGUCACAGCCCAGUCUACAUGCUUGGAAUCAAAUUGAAUGCAGUUGGUAGAUUUGCAUUGCUCAAAACAUUGAAAUCAUGGCAUGUCUGAGAAUGAAGGAGCAAUUGCCAGCAAGUGGAAAGAGUGCAGGAUAUUCCAAAGUAUAUGCU